AUGAGUUCACAAAACCGCUUCGAGGGAAGUCUGCAUGAACUACUAGUACUGAUUGCUGACAAAAGCAAUCAACUUCGCGACGGUACCAAUGCAAUGGAUACCUCGUUCAGCGCUCCAGUUGAUGCAGUGAGUGCACAGCGAACCGUUCGUCAAGCCAGGGUGGACGUGUGCAACGUCAACAUAACGCUGCUUCAACUAAAAUCCUGUGUGAAGGAGCUCGAGGAUCGUCUAAUGAACAUUGGCAUCAAGCUUGAACAAAAUAAAAUUGUCUUGCUUGCUGAUGAUGUUCAGUUCGAAGAGGAACACAAGGUGUGCAAUUUGGAAUGUUUCCAACAUUUUUGUAGCAGUCACACUGAUACUGUCAUGCUUCAAUGA